GCAUACGACUUAAAUAUUUAAAUUCAAAAUAUAUACGAAUAUAAUUUAAUUUUUUUAUAAAUACAAUACUGUACUUUUAUUGCCCAUUAAUCUCUUUAUAUAUGUUUCAUCAGAUAAUUUAAAUAAUCUGUUUUGGGGGUAACCGUCGUUAGUUAUCUAGAUAUUUCUGUCGAUUCCAUUACGACAAAUUUUAACAACGGAUCUGAUUGAAAUAUUAAAACCUACAGAGUGAAUUUAAUUAUCGUAAACUGAAUUUUUAUAUUUCAUUUCAAUUUACUGGGAUUGUAAAGAACAAGUACGAAAUAAAAUAUUGUUUUAUAAUUUCCAUUGGUUUUUAUUGAAAUAUUAUCUCGAUAAGAAUAGGAAUAAAAGUGAACAUGACUGCAAUAACGAUUACCGAACGAAAUGAAAAUAUAUUUAAAGGAACUUUAUCUCAGUUGCUAGCAGUAUUUGCAGGUACUUUGGUCGCAGUUAGUGACGGUAUGCAUUACGGUUGGACGGCUCCGGUUUUACCUAUACUACUGAAACCGGAUUCUCCCAUAAAAAUAACCAAAUACGAAGGAGAAUGGUUGGAAACGUCGGUGAUGGUAGGAGCUUUCGUGGGACUUUGGAUAACGAUGUAUUUCGUCGAUAGACUCGGAAGGAAAAAAUCUAUAUUGUUGGCUACUUUCGUGGCGGCGUUAGUUUGGGUUGCGAUAGGUCUCCAACUUAGAGUCGAAUACAUAUUUGUGGCGCGGGCGUUCGCCGGAGCAGCUGGAAACAUGGCGUUCGUAGCGACUCCCAUGUAUAUAGCGGAAAUAGCCGAACAUAAGAUACGAGGGUUCUUGAGUAGUUUAAUUUAUUUGAUGAUGCUGUGCGGUAUUAUUUUAGUUUAUACGGUAGUGCCUUUAACGCCUUUUUACGUCCAUUGCGUUAUUGGCGUAUGUUUGACGUGUACUCAACUCAUCAUUUUCCCAUUUAUGCCGGAAAGUCCUUAUUAUUUGAUAUAUAAAGGCGAAUCGGAACGAGCUGGAAACAAUUUGGAAUGGUUCAGAUCUAGUAAAGUCGACGUUUCUAAUGAAUUGGAAAAUAUCAAAGAUUCGGUGGCUAGACAAAAAACCGAGAAAGGUAAUUUGAAAGAUCUGUUUACGGUACCUAGUAAUAGAAAAGGAUUUUUAAUUAUGACGGCGAUGAAUUUCGCGCAACAUUUCGCCGGAAUCAGUGUACUACUUAUGAAUUUACAUAUUAUCUUGGAAGCGGCCGGAUCAAUUUAUUUGCAACCGAAUUCGGCGGCCGUUUUAUUUUCUGUAAUGAUGGUUUCGUCGGCUUGUACGGCUUCUAUAUGCGUAGAUAAAUACGGGAGAAAAACUUUGUUGAUUUUAUCGUGUAUUUUAACGGCCGUAUGUUUAUUGGUUAUCGCCGUUUAUUUCAAUUUGAAAAAUUGCGGAUUCGAUACUGUACAGAUCAGCUGGAUUCCUACCGUUUGCGUUAUGUUAUACGCUUGCUGUUUCAAAAUAGGUUUAGGAAUGGUUCCGAUUGUUUUAACAGCAGAAUUGUUUUCUACUAAAAUGAAAGCGUACGGUAUGACCUUAGCUGACGGUUGUUAUAUCGUAGCUUCGUUGUUAUCCAUUCUAAUUUAUCAACGUCUCACCGAUUCGCUAGGUAUGGAAUAUCCGUUUUAUUUAUUUUCCAUAAUUUGUUUACUUACCGCCGUUUUUACUUAUUUGUAUAUACCGGAAACUAAAGGCAAAACUUUGGAAGAGAUACAAAUGAUUUUGAAAGGAAAAUUGUGAAAAAUUUCAGCAAUUUCUAUUCAAAGUUUCUUCGUUUUCAUAAACAUUUUGUCUAUUUGAUGAUAUUAAAGAAUAUUUCACGAAAGAAAUAAAAAUCGUUUAGUUCGUACGUGAUUUUACGGUACCUUUUUUCACGCUUGGUAACCGAUUCGGAAACUAUAUUUUUAAGAACGCAAAUUAACGAAAAAAAACGUGAUUAGGAAUUUCGUCUUCAAUACAAGGGUUGUAGUUGUUUAUAUUUUUUACUAAACGUUAAAACGCGUGUAAAAUUCAAGAUUAUUUGUUUUUGACCAAUAAAUUUAUGUAUUUACGACUUUGGAAGAGAGAUACAAAUGAUUUUGAAAGGAAAAUUGUGAAAAAUUUCAGCAAUUUCUAUUCAAAGUUUCUUCGUUUUCAUAAACAUUUUGUCUAUUUGAUGAUAUUAAAGAAUAUUUUACGAAUGAAAAGAAAAAUCAUUUAAUUCGUACGUGAUUUUACGGUACCUUUUUUCACGCUUGGUAACCGAUUCGGAAACUACAUUUUUUAAGAACGCAAAUUAAUGAAAAAAAAACGUGAUUGGGAAUUUCGUCUUCAAUACAAGGGUUGUAGUUAUUUAUAUUUUUUGCUAAACGUUAAAACACGUGUAAAAUUCAAGGUUAUUUGUUUUUGAACAAUAAAUUUAUGUAUUUACGACUUUGGAAGAGAGAUACAAAUGAUUUUGAAAGGAAAAUUGUGAAAAAUUUCAGCAAUUUCUAUUCAAAGUUUCUUCGUUUUCAUAAACAUUUUGUCUAUUUGAUGAUAUUAAAGAAUAUUUUACGAAAGAAAUAAAAAUCGUUUAGUUCGUACGUGAUUUUACGGUACCUUUUUUCACGCUUGGUAACCGAUUCGGAAACUAUAUUUUUAAGAACGCAAAUUAACGAAAAAAAACGUGAUUAGGAAUUUCGUCUUCAAUACAAGGGUUGUAGUUGUUUAUAUUUUUUACUAAACGUUAAAACGCGUGUAAAAUUCAAGAUUAUUUGUUUUUGAACAAUAAAUUUAUGUAUUUACGACUUUGGAAGAGAGAUACAAAUGAUUUUGAAAGGAAAAUUGUGAAAAAUUUCAGCAAUUUCUAUUCAAAGUUUCUUCGUUUUCAUAAACAUUUUGUCUAUUUGAUGAUAUUAAAGAAUAUUUUACGAAAGAAAUAAAAAUCGUUUAGUUCGUACGUGAUUUUACGGUACCUUUUUUCACGCUUGGUAACCGAUUCGGAAA